UCUCUCGUCUCCUCUUUUGAAUACCCACUUCAUCCCACUCCUAGAUUUUCCCCCUUCAAAGAAACAGAGCACUGCAGAACCAAGAAACAGGGGAACCAUAAAAGAAAGCCAUUGAAUAGAGUCCUUUCUCUCUCUCUCUCUCUCUCUCUCUCUGUCACUUCACCUUCCUCCUUCAUUUCUUGGUUUUCUUGUGAACAAAACCAGACAUGGAUUCGGGUUCUUGCGGAGACCAAGAACUGGAAGACAAGCAAAGAACGGGCCAGCCCCUGCGCGUGAACGGGCCCAUCAUUGUCGGCGCAGGCCCCUCCGGCCUCGCCGUCUCGGCCUGCCUCUCCGAGCUGGGAGUCCCUUCCCUCGUCCUGGAGAGAAGCCACUGCAUCGCCUCCCUCUGGCAAGACAAGGCCUACGAUCGCCUCAAGCUCCACCUGCCCAAGCAGUUCUGCGAGCUUCCCCUGCUCCCCUUCCCUCAGCACUUCCCCAAGUACCCGACGAAGGACCAGUUCAUCUCCUACCUCGAGUCCUACGCUUCCCACUUCGACAUCAAACCUUUCUUCCAUCAGACGGUCCAGAGGGCCGAGUUCGACGAGUCUUGCGGGCUGUGGAGGGUCCGGACUCGCGAGGGGCUCGAGUGCCUCUCGAGGUGGCUCGUGGUGGCCACGGGAGAGAAUGCCGAGCCGGCGACGCCGGACGUCGCCGGGCUCGAGAGGUUCCAGGGGCGGCGCCUCCACACGAGCGGGUACAAGUCCGCGUCGGAGUUCAGGGGCCAGCGGGUCUUGGUAGUGGGCUGCGGCAAUUCGGGCAUGGAGGUCAGCUUGGACCUUUGCAGGCACAACGCCACUCCUCACAUGGUGGUUCGCAACACGGUACAUGUUCUGCCCAGAGAAAUGCUUGGUUUCUCAACAUUUGGCGUGGCCAUGGUACUACUCAAAUGGCUCCCUCUAAGAUUAGUGGACAAAAUCCUCCUCCUAAUCGCCAACAUCACUUUAGGCAACACCGACCAACUGGGCCUCCGGCGGCCCAAGACCGGGCCGCUAGAGCUCAAGACCGCCACCGGAAAGACCCCCGUCCUCGAUGUCGGCACCCUCUCGCAGAUAAAGUCCGGCAAAAUCAAGGUGGUGGCAGGAGUGAAGGAGAUAACCAAGAAUGGCGCUAAGUUUCUGGAUGGACAAGAGGAGGAGUUUGAUUCCAUAAUCUUCGCAACCGGGUACAAGAGCAAUGUCACCAGUUGGCUCAAGGGGGUUGAUUUCUUCACCGAAGAAGGCAUGCCAAAGACACCAUUUCCUAAUGGUUGGAGAGGGGAUAAGGGUUUGUACACCGUCGGAUUCACGAGGAGGGGCAUCCUCGGGACCGGCUGCGAUGCGAUCAAGAUCGCCAGAGACAUCGCUGAUCAGCAACCAAGAUCUUCAUCCUUCUCACGUAUUGAGCUUCAGUUGUGCGUUCCCAACAACCGCUUUUGUAUAUAG